UCCGAGUCACCCCACUUGAAAGACUGUUUGGACUCUCCUGUUCACCGUAGAAGGUAAAGAUUCCGACCAACUCACAAACUCUACUCACCGGAAAGGAUGGCGUUCGUGUCUCGAAGCUCUAGCACGUGGCUACUCUCCCUCAAAGUUGCACUGAUCUCAAUUGGUGUUGUGUCCAUGGCUGUGAUUCUGAGGCAAUCCAUACCGGUUAUCUCAGAAUUUGCUGUUUCCGGAGUUCCUGUGAUGUGGAGCUCUUUCCGCUCGUGGCUCAAACCUCCUUAUCUCUACGUCAUCAUCAAUGGCAUCAUCAUCACCAUCGCUGCUUCUUCAAAGUUUCACCGAAUGAACCACCAAGAUCGGCCGGAGACGGCGGCGAAGGAUCCGGAAGAUGAAAGGACUGAGUUCACUUACGAAAUGAAGAACCCGCCGGAGUUUGUCGGCUUGGAGACGCCGAUAGUGUAUGAGCAGCGUGAAGUUACGAUUUCGGAGGUGAAGACCGUGGCGGACAGUCCGGUGGUUGAAGAUGAAGAGGAGUUGAUGAUCUCGAGGUCCACAACUCCGCCGCUGCCGCCAUCGCCGCUCUUGAGGAGAGAGUCGUCCGAGAUUCCGCUGGAGUGUCUCUUAUCUACGGAGAAACCUCUGGUUUCUUCUAGGUUCGGUCACCGGAAGCCGAUUAAAGCCAGUCCCGAAGCUUCAGGAGGAAAAGUUCUAAGAGUAUCGAAGCCAAAACGACACGAGACACUGGAGAACACAUGGAAGAUGAUAACGGACGGCCGUCACAUGCCGUUGACGAGACACCUGAAGAAAUCUGAUACGUGGGAGAAUCAUGGGCGUCACAUCGUAGUAAGAGAGGACACGUCACCUCAGAGAGCGAACAAAUCAGAGACGUUCAAGGACCGUACGAACAACCCACCACCCUCUCUCACUUCGCCUCUGGACUCCGUGAAGCUCAGGAAAGAUCCGUCGCUGAGUCAGGAUGAGUUGAACCGGCGAGUUGAAGCGUUCAUAAAGAAGUUUAACGAGGAGAUGAUGUUACAGAGACAAGAAUCAUUGAAUCAGUACAAGGAGAUGAUCAGCCGUGGAGCCCAGUAAUUGAAGAGGCAUCAUGGGGCUAGAGAUAUAGAAAAUAGAAAAUAUUUUAUUUGUUUUUUAAAAUAUUCACUCUGUUUCAGAAGUCCAAAAAAGGGUUGUGGUCGAGAACUUGUGUUUUUGUUUUUCCAUUUUUUUCAUUUUAGAUGUUUUUUUUUUCUUCCUUAGUGGGAGCUAAAACAUAGUCACAUCAUGGUUUGUAAAAAGAAAAGGGAAAUUUAGUGUGCUUGCUUUCAUGUUUAAAUGAAUGACCUGGAUAAUUUUAUUAA